AUGGCAGGAGGAAUGUUGUGCUUUGUGCUGAAAUGUGAGUUCGAUUUUGAUCUGAAUCGGCGAGCAUGCAAGAAAGGGUUAAAUAACUGGAGCUCAAGUUAUGGUGUGGAGAGCUCGAGUUGUGGUGUGGAGAGCUUGGGUUAUGGUGGUUAUGGUGUGGAGAGCUCAAGUUAUGGUGUGGAGAGCUCAAGUUAUGGUGUGGAGAGCUCGAGUUAUGGUGUGGAGAGCUCGAGUUAUGGUGUGGAGAGCUCGAGUUAUGGUGUGGAGAGCUCGAGUUAUGGUGUGGAGAGCUCGAGUUAUGGUGUGGAGAGCUCAAGUUAUGGUGUGGAGAGCUCGAGUUAUGGUGUGGAGAGCUCGAGUUAUGGUGUGGAGAGCUCGAGUUAUGGUGUGGAGAGCUCGAGUUAUGGUGUGGAGAGCUCAGGUUAUGGUGUGGAGAGCUCGAGUUACGGUGUGGAGAGCUCAGGUUAUGGUGUGGAGAGCUCAAGUUAUGGUGUGGAGAGCUCAAGUUAUGGUGUGGAGAGCUCGAGUUAUGGUGUGGAGAGCUCAGGUUAUGGUGUGGAGAGCUCGAGUUAUGGUGUGGAGAGCUCAGGUUAUGGUGUGGAGAGCUCGAGUUACGGUGUGGAGAGCUCAGGUUAUGGUGUGGAGAGCUCAGGUUAUGGUGUGGAGAGCUCAGGUUAUGGUGUGGAGAGCUCAGGUUAUGGUAUGGAGAGCUCGAGUUACGGUGUGGAGAGCUCAGGUUAUGGUGUGGAGAGCUCAGGUUAUGGUGUGGAGAGCUCAGGUUAUGGUGUGGAGAGCUUGGGUUAUGGUGUGGAGAGCUUGGGUUAUGGUGUGGAGAGCUCGGGUUAUGGUGGUUAUGGUGUGGAGAGCUCGAGUUAUGGUGUGGAGAGUUCGAGUUAUGGUGUGGAGAGCUCAGGUUAUGGUGUGGAGAGCUCGGGUAAUGGUGGUUAUGGUGUGGAGAGCUCGGGUUAUGGUGUGGAGAGCUCGGGUAAUGGUGGUUAUGGUGUGGAGAGCUCGAGUUACGGUGUGGAGAGCUCAGGUUAUGGUGUAGGGAGCUCAGGUUAUGGUGUGGAGAGCUUAGGUUAUGAUGGUUAUGAUGUAGAGAGCUUGAGUUAUGGUGUGGAGAGCUUAGGUUAUGAUGGUUAUAUUGUGGAGAGCUUGAGUUAUGGUGUGGAUUAUGGAUUAUGGUGCGACGGGGCGUCGGGCGCACUCAUCUCCCCGGAGAGACGUUCACGGUUCCAGCUUCAAAGUGGCAGUAUUGAAAUGCUAGAAAUGGGCACUGCGUGUUUCCACUGCAACUCAUCCACCUGCACGAGAAAAGCAGGAAACACAACAUGA